AUGGAAGAUUUGGAGACUAACUUAAUCCGGACACGCAAAGCAUGUAGAAUAGAGCAAAUGGUAGCAAAAUGGCUUCAUCGCUCUCGGGAUGGUGCAUCCAGGGGCAGAGUGUCUGUGACAGACAGCACCAGCGAUGGCAGUGGCCAGCCUGCCAGCCGUGUCAAAUUUACUGUCACAGUAUACAAAGAUUUGGUCCUCCAUCACUACGGCUUUGAGAUUUGUCCAAACCUUCCUCUUACGAUUGCAUCUGUCACCGCAGGGAGCACCGCUGAAGGGAAGCUGCAGCCAGGCGACCAGCUUCUCCUGAUAAACUCUACUGCGGUGGAUGAAGUGUCUGUGGAACGAGCAGCUGACAUCAUCAGGGAGGCCGGUGACGAGCUCCUCUUAACAGUCCUGCGCUGCACGUCGGGUGGGCCUAAGUCAUCGUUUCUUACUGCAGAGAAGAGAGCAAGGCUAAAAACAAACCCUGUGAAAGUACGAUUUGCAGAGGAAGUGCUGGUGAAUGGACACACACAGGGGAAUUCUCUUCUUUGUAUGCCCAACGUUCUCAAGGUAUACUUGGAAAAUGGACAGACGAAAGCUUUCAGGUUUGAGACGAGCACUACUGUGAAGGACAUUGUUCUCACGUUGAAGGAGAAGCUCUCCAUCCGGAGUAUUGCUCACUUUGGUCUUGCUCUGGAGGAGCAGUACAAUGUGGCAAAGAUUCACCUGCUGCAUGAGGAGGAGCUCAUCGAGCAGGUGGUCCAAAAAAGAGAAUCUCAUGGCUACCGUUGCCUCUUCAGAGUUUGCUUUGUCCCCAAGGAUCCCUUAGACCUCCUGCACGAAGACCCAAUUGCCUUCGAAUAUCUCUACCUGCAGAGCUGCAGCGAUGUGCUUCAGGAAAGAUUUGCUGUGGAAAUGAAAUGCAGUGUGGCAUUACGUCUGGCUGCUCUGCACAUACAGGAGAGGAUCUGUGCUUGUGCUCAGCCACAGAAAGUAUCCCUGAAAUACAUUGAGAGGGAUUGGGGAAUCGAAAAUUUCAUCUCACCAACUUUGCUUCAAAACAUGAGAGGGAAGGAUAUUAAGAAAGCCAUCAGCUACCACAUGAAGCGGAACCAGGUGCUACUGGACCCUCGGCAGAAGCACAUGCUCGCAGCAGUCCAAGUGCGCCUGAGCUACCUGCAAAUACUGGGAGACCUGAAGAUGUACAAUGGAAAGAUCUUUAAUGCCACCCUGAUGCUACAGGACAGAGAAUCAUACGUUGCCUUGCUGGUGGGUGCCAAGUACGGGGUGAGCCAGAUUAUCAAUAAUAAGCUCAACAUCAUAACAAGUCUGGCAGAAUUUGCAAACAUUAGCAGGGUGGAGCUUACAGCGGAGUCUGAAAAAGUGAGCAUGGUGAAAAUCUACCUGCAGGAUCUGAAGCUGCUGACUCUGCUGCUGGAAUCAAACAGUGCAAAAGAUCUUGUCUGCCUCAUCAUUGGCUAUUACAGACUGUUCGUGGAUGCAAAUGUCUCCAUAUUUAUCUGGGGAGAGAAAAAACAGCAACUGCACCGUGUCUCAGCUGAAGAAGGGUAUGAAUCUCGAACCUGCAGUGACUCUGAAGACUCCUGGGAGCUGGAUUCCUCCUCAGACCAUUGCUUGGACACUCCUCUAGCAUACAGCAGCACCCAUCCUGUAUGCAAAGAGGAGGAGCUGAGAGAGCUCCUCAGCCUGAAGAAGGACAGCACAAAGCCCCGAGCUGGAGGGGGUGACCAAUGCAAUGGGGGUGACAAUGCAACAGACAGCACAUCUGAGGCUUCAGAUUCAGCCAACACCGAGAGCCGAGGGUUUAAGACAAGUGGCUCCAGUGACUCUAUGGAUGCACUGGAGGAAGAUGAGUUGGAAGCUUGCUCCUCUUCUAGGCCAGAUUUCUUCCACUUCUACACACCAACAGUGCAGGAGAUGAGCAGCUCAGCCAAGAGCUUCUUCCCCAUUCAUGCUGCAGGAGGCUCCGGCAGGGCAGAAACCAGAGACUACUUCUGCUUCUUGCAGGUACCACAUGCAGAGGAGCCUGGGUGUGAAGACAACCCCUCAGAGCAGAGAGGGGAGGACAGUGGUGUGUCUGUGCUGGAGACCAAGCUGUCUGAGAGAAACACCAUGAGCUAUUACAGCCUGUGCUACAGCAUAUCCUCUGCAGGCAGCGUGGAGAAGAGCAACACCAGUUGCAGCCCUCAGAGAAGUCCUUGGAAAGAUGGGUAUGCCCAGGCAGAGACACCACAUGGAGCAGAGCAGACAGCAGAGACGAAUGACAUCAUUUUGGAGCCGCCCCCAGGCUUCGGUGACACCAGCUCGGAGGAGGAAUUCUAUGAUGCUGCAGACAGGCUCAGCCCUCCGGAUGCUCUGACAG